GAGGCGCAACCUGUGUCUGCGUGUGUGGCAGUAACCUAUUUUACCCAGUUUACAAACAAAUGUUUAAGCAAGUGUGCCCUUGAAUAGAAACGUGAAGAAUCUCCCAGCUUCAAACUGAGUCAUAUAGAUGGCCAUGACUGAAUGGACACAGAGAAAUGCAAAAACAAGACGGGUUAAUGCGCUGCUGAGCUGCUUCGCUGUCCUGUCAUUGGAAUGAAACUGAAACGUUAUCAUCGUAUGUGGACUCCGGACUUACCCUACAAGAGCAAGUUCAUCAACAUGCUUUCUCACUCUCCUGUGGAGUAACCAGGACUGGUAUACAGGAGGAAGCUUCUGUCUGUUAAUAUUGUGGAUGUAUGCCAGUUUUCAUUUUAAAUAACGCAUUCCGAUUUGGAUUUAAUGCAUUGCUGCGAUUUUAAUAUCCAUAAUAUUGACGAUCAUAGCCUGCAGUCCGAAUAGGGCAAGUGUGAGGUGGCCAUGAGGAGGCUAUACAUCAUGGCUGACCAUCUGGAGUGUCUCAGCUACACUUUGUACAGAAAUUCGUCCUUAUCCUAGCUUCUUAUCCUUACAUCACAAAACCCUAUAAACUGCCAAACAAGGGAAUAUAACCUUGGUAUCUCGCCAUCUUUGCAUCUCUCCCCCUCACUGCUUUCAAACCAAUGCUACAUUAUUUAUAUCAUGGGAUGCAUGAAAUCCAAGCACCGCGACCCCACUCAGAACUCCAGCUCAUCGGAGAAAGUGGAUGGCAAGCCAGGAAAGCAAGGAGAGAAAGCAGUUCUAGUUUUCUCAGAGAUUGGCUCCAUGGAGGACCCGGUACGGGUCAAUCCGGUGCUGCUGGACUAUGCCCAGAGACUCUCAGAGGAAAUUGUGGCCCGGGCAGUACAACAGUGGGCUGAGGUGGACAGCCGGUACAGUGACAUCCCCUACAUUGAGUGUGAUGUGCCAUAACAUUUCAACUGGAUGGAAUAAGAUUGGAUUGGCCUGGCUUACACUCCUCCUGUAUCUAAAGGAGAGCUUUCAGAUAGACAACUUCAGCCCAAUGGACUAAGAGCUGUUAUACCACAAGACUGCAUCUUUGGUUUAUCCUCAAAGCCCAGUGGUUUAAUUGGUCACAAUCAUCCCAACCAUGUUUAGUACAUACUUCAUCUUUUUGCCUUUAGUAUUUUCAUGUUCAUGUGGCUCAGCACAUCACACAGUACCUCAUUUUUACUUUCCAUCCAUCCAUUGGUUUUGGUCACAUUAGUGAAAUUUCAUUGGCAAAAAAGGUCCAUUGGCAAUAGUGUAGUUAUGACUUUCAAACCAAGAAUAUUUGUUGGUCAGCAGUGAGAAUUCAAGUGACCUACUUGAACCCAUAUCAAAAUCUGUGUGCAGAAAUCUUUCGCCCUUGAUGCAAAAUUCCUAUUGACAUGACUGGAUUUUGCCCGUGAAAAAUCAUUGAAAAAUGGUAAAUGUGACCACACAUUUAGAGAACGCCUGCUCAGGGGUUACGGUUUCUAUUUAAGGGGCUAAUGCUGGCUUCUAGGGAUCGAUAAGUGUACAUCACUGCUAAUUCUUUUGACAUGACAGCUCUGUCAACUGUAAUUCCUGUUACAAACAACCUUGUGGACACUGGCCAGAUGUUGUUUCUACAUGAUACAUGGAUUCUUAAAUUUAGAGGUUACAAAUCAUCCUGCAUUCUCAUGAUGCUAUGAAAGAAUACAUUCAAAAGAGAAGGAUUCCCAAAUUAAGCCAUUAGACAAUUUCGUUAAUAGAAGAUUUUCUUCUGUCCAGCUGAGAUAUGCAAUUCUUAAAGGCCAAGACAUUAUAAAAACAAACUUAGUGCUACCAGGUUGCCGAACCCCUCACUUGGAGACAAAAUUCAGACAGGGGACCAAACAUGCCAAUGUCAUUAAUGAUUGUUAAUACAAGCACAAUUACUCUUCUGGUAGUAUUUUAACAGCUGCUCACCAAUGCUUUUUAUUGAUGUGAUAUUGGCACUUCUGGGUCUUGUGCCAUGCUGUCAGGUAGCCAUAUACUCCCUUUAAUGAUCUCCAGGGCAAUACAGUGCAACAGUGGGGUUUUGGAAGUAAGUCACAUUUGUUUUCUCCACAGAGAAAUAGAUUUUUAGUGAUAAUAUAAAAAUCUUUUAAGACAGACCUACCAUGAGCUCUGAUGUGGUUAACUGAUGAUAUAAGCUUGAUCACGUCAGUGUGUUUUCAACCACAUAACUACUAAA